UUAUGAACAAGCGAAACCCUCGUUUGGUGCCGUACAACCUGCUGGACGAGAGGACUAAGAAAACCAACCGAGACAGCGUCAACAACGCCGUCCGCACCCUCAUCGGCUACGGUUACAACAUCGAGCCUCCGGAUCAGGAAAGCACCGGCCACGGCCUGGAGAACUCCCGCGGGGACAAGGUGCGGAUCUUCAGGGCGGAGAAGUCCUACGCCGUCACCCAGGGGAAGUGGUACUUUGAGUUUGAGGCGGUGACCACCGGGGAGAUGAGGGUGGGCUGGGCGCGGCCCUGCGUCCGCUCCGACACCGAGCUGGGAGCGGACGAACUGGCGUACGUCUUCAAUGGCAAUAAGGCCCAGCGAUGGCACGUCGGGAACGAGCCGUUCGGCCGGCAGUGGCAGUCCGGCGACGUCGUCGGCUGCAUGAUUGACCUGAGUGAGAUGAACAUCAUGUUCACGCUCAACGGAGAAAUGCUGAUCAGCGACUCGGGUUCGGAGAUGGCUUUCAAAGACAUAGAAAUUGGAGAAGGUUUCAUCCCGGUGUGCGCCCUGGGCCUGUCUCAGGUCGGGAGGAUCAAUCUGGGUCAGAACGUCAGCAGCCUGCGGUAUUUUGCCAUCUGCGGCCUGCAGGAAGGAUUUGAGCCCUUUGCCAUCAACAUGAAGCGAGACAUCACCAUGUGGUUCAGUAAGAGUCUGCCGCAGUUCGUCCCCGUUCCCACCGACCACAACCACAUCGAGGUCUCCCGCGUGGACGGCACCGUGGACAGCGCCCCCUGCCUGAAGCUCACCCACAGGACCUUCGGGUCGCAGAACGCCAACACGGACAUGAUGUUCCUGCGCCUCAGCAUGCCCGUGCAGUUCCACGAGACGUUCAAGGUCCAGGCCGGCACCACGCCCCUCACCCGGGCCCUCACCAUACCCGAGGAGGAGGUGGUGGUGGUGGAGCCCGACUCCGAGUUCGAGGUGUUGAAGAAGUCCGCCAGCCGCAAGGAGCAGGAGGACGAGAAGAAGGAGACGUCCGUGCCGAAGGAGAUCUCCGUGGAGAACGAGAAAGACACAAUGUCGGAGAAGGGGAAGAAAAAAGGAUUUUUCUUCAAAGCCAAGAAAGCCGCCAUGACGCCUCUCGCCCCUCCUCCUGCGCCUCCGACCGUCCCGCGCUUAGUGGAGGACGUCGUCCCCGACGACAGAGACGACCCUGAAAUCAUCCUCAGCACCACCACUUAUUACUACUCUGUGAGGAUCUUCGCCGGCCAGGAGCCGUCCUGUGUGUGGAUUGGCUGGGUCACCCCCGACUACCACCAGUACGACCCCAAUUUUGACCUCUCCAAGGUGCGCAACGUCACGGUGACGGUGGGAGAUGAUAAAGGCAACAUUCACGACAGCAUGAAGCACAGUAACUGCUACAUGGUGUGGGGAGGAGACCUGGUCAGCAACCAGCAGACUCGCUUCAGCCAGGAGGACAUGGUGAUUGGCUGCCUGGUGGACCUGGCCACGGGCCUCAUGACCUUCACGGCCAACGGGAAGGAGAUCAACGCCUUCUACCAGGUGGAGCCGAACACCAAACUGUUCCCUGCGGUCUUCAUCCAACCCACCAAUCAGAACAUGGCUCAGCUGGAGCUGGGAAAACUCAAGAACAUCAUGCCCAUCUCAGCGGCGAUGUUUCGCAGCGAACGGAUGAAUCCCGUCCCCCAGUGCCCCCCCAGGCUGGACGUCCAGAUGCUGACUCCAGUCAUCUGGAGCCGAAUGCCCAACAACUUCCUAAAGCCCGAGGUGGGCAAGCUGAGCGAGCGCCUGGGUUGGAUGGUGGAGUGUGUGGAACCUCUCAUCAUGAUGGCCCUGCACAUCCCUGAGGAGAACAG